AUGGUUAACCUCAAACAGACAAGCUUCUACUCAGUAUUUAGCCCAUUUUACCAAGGGACGCCGCUGGACAGCCUUUUCUCGACUCGAGAUACCACAUACCACAAAAAUGUGAAGAAGCCAGUUGCCAAUCUAUUUUCCAUGACGAACCUUAGAAGCUACGAGAUAUAUGUCGAUGAGUGUAACGGAAUUUUCAUGGACGCCAUGCGCGAUCUAGAAGGUCAACCAGUUGACUUUUCCAAGUGGCUUCAGUGGUACGCAUUCGAUGUCAUUGCAUCGAUAACGUUCCAACGACGUUUUGGCUUCAUGGAACAGCGUCAAGACGUGGACAACAUGAUCAGAGAUCUUGACCUUGGAGCUGGCUAUAUCAAAGUUAUCAGCCAAUAUCCCGGAUUUCAUCCGUGGUUGAUUGGAAACAGGUCGUUGAUGACAUUUCUAGAAAAAUGCUUCGGAGAGUUGCCGGAUGCUCUCUCGCGCUUCAUGAAGAUCACGGAGGAGGAGAUUGUGCGAUAUAGCAGCGAAGAUAAAAGAGAAGGCGUCGGACGAACAGAUUUUCUUGCACAGCUAAGAGCCAAGGAAGCCAAAGACAAUCAAAUAUCUUUUCGAGAUAUGAUGAAUCAUCUUUCUAACAACCUACUUGCGGGCUCUGAUACUACCGCAAUCUCGCUACGUGCUGUGUUUUAUUACCUCAUCAAAACGCCGAGAGCGUAUGCAAGACUAGUUGCGGAGAUAGAUGAAGCAGACCGGAACAAGAGGUUGUCCACCUCAGUCACCUUCGAGGAGAGCCAGAAGCUUCCUUAUCUUCAAGCGGUUAUAAAGGAAGCGCUGAGAAUGCACCCCGGGGUCGGCUUUCCUCUUGAGAGGUAUGUUCCUUCAGAAGGCGCCGCGAUCUGCGGCACUGUUCUUCCUGGAGGGACCACUGUCAGUGUGAACGCAGCAGUAAUUCACUUGAACAAGGAUGUGUAUGGCGAAGACGCUACACAAUUUCGACCUGAGAGAUGGAUCGAUGCUUCACCUGAGCAAUCCAAACUUAUGGAUCGCAGUUUCCUUAGCUUUGGGUAUGGAGCUCGGACUUGUAUCGGCAAGAAUAUUUCGUUGCUGGAGAUGGGCAAAUUCAUCCCUCAGGUCUUGAGGCAUUUCAACAUAGAAUGGGCAUCAGAGCACCCGGAAUGGAAGUUAGAAGCUGCUUGGUUCUGGAAGCAAUCUGGAAUCAUCGUGAAAUGCAGGAGGAGACCGAGGACAACGGAAGGGAUCUGA